UCAUAUUAGUGGGAGAUGGCAGGUAGUUCUGCUUUGGCGUUUCAACGCUCCGACACUCAUUUCGUUCGCAAGCACCGCGGGUCAAGCGUCAUUUGCACCGGCCGACACACAAAUGCCGAGUUGCGAUUCGUCUCGCUUGACACGAUUGGACUAGGAACUAGGCGAGCAUUGAGCCCAGCAUCCCGAAAUCCCGAGAUCUCGGUGGUUCCCGAGAUCGCAUCCCGAGAUCGCAGAUGUAUCCCAGUUCACGAGCGAGCGCGAAGCCCAGCCCCGCCGACGAGCAGCAGAUCAGUGCAGAUUCAGCAGAAAGACUUCACCCGGACCCACUGUUCGACCACGCCGGCCUGACACUCGACAAAGCUUCCUGUCGAACGCAAAGGCUCGAUAUCUGACUCUUUUUAACUAAGGCAGCUUCACCCACACGCGCCGACAUCGUAGAAUGGUAGAAGGUGAACCCGGCACAAAGCGCAAUAUUAAGUGUGAUGUAAAAGACGAGCGGCUAAACGGUUGCGGUUCCAAGGAACUCGAACUUGCCUGUAUCGGAUUAAAGGGCAAAACACUCGAUCCAGAGAAGGGGUCUUUCGUUCAAGCUGAUUUCGAGAAGGCUAUCGAACUAAGCGAAUAUGGCAAGUUUCAUUACUUCCUACUCGCCGUGUGCGGCUUCGUCAGCACGAGCGAGGAGAUGGACGUGAUCUCCAUGUCCUUCAUCCUGCCGAGUGCGCAAUGUGACCUGAAGCUCGAUACUCAAGCGAAGGGAUGGCUCAACUCGAUCAUCUUCAUCGGGAUGAUGGCCGGGGCGUACGUCUGGGGCUCCGUAGCGGACGCCCUCGGUCGUCGGAAGGUCCUGAUCGCCAUCUCGUUCAUGAACGCCCUGUGCAUCGUCGCCUCUAGCUUCAGCCAGACGUACGAGCUCUUCAUGUUGUUCCGUUUCCUAAACGGCGCGGCGCUAGGAGGUAGCGGACCGGUCAUCUGGUCGUACUUCGCUGAAUUUCAGCCGAAGUCCAAACGCGGCUCCAUGCUGUCGUUCAUGGCGGCGUUCUGGACGUUGGGGAACCUUUUCGUGGCUGGCUUGGCGUGGUUGAUCAUCCCUAGAAAGAUGGGUUACACGAGCUCAUCGUUCACGUACAAUUCCUGGCGAAUCUUUCUCCUGAUCUGCGCUUUUCCGUCGUUCGUCGUAACGGGAUUGCUUCUGCUGCUCCCCGAAUCCCCCAAGUACCUCUUGUCUUCCGGAAAAUACGAGGAGGCACUCGAAAUUUUUCGCAAGAUAUACGUCAUUAACACCGGCAAACCAAGCGACACCUACACGGUAAAGGAAUUGAUCCUCGACGACUUUCAAGAAUCGAGCCCGGUGAAGGACGAAGUCGAAGAAAAGAGCAAGUGCAAGACUAUGCUGGGUGACAUCGUGGAGAACAGUAGACAGCUAUUCGUAACGCCCAUCCUUCGCUUCACGAUAAUAUCGAUCGUUAUUAAUUUCACUUUCCAUAUCGGUUACUACGGUCUGAUGAUGUGGUUCCCGGAGCUGUUUAACCGAUUCGACGAGUUUCAUCGCGAUCAGCCGGGCGAAGUGGCCUCGAUAUGCCAGGUCACCGAUUAUGUCGUUAACAAGGGCUCGCACAGCAUCGAGAACGUUUGCUCCGACAAAAUCGGAGCGUCCGUCUUUAUGGAGUCCCUCAUCACGGUGGCGUCCGCCAUACCCGCUAAUAUCAUCGCUGUUUUAGGGAUGGAUCGCCUUGGGCGUAAAUUCUUUCUAGUGUUCAGCACGUUUUCGUCGGGACUGUGCUCGAUCGGCUUAUACUUCGUGUACAACAAAUAUCAGAAUUUGACCGUGUCGGCUAUCUUCAGCGGCGCGAUAAGUUGCGGCAAUGCAGCGCUGGAUUGUCUCAUCACCGAAGUGUUCCCGACGCAGCUGCGUGCAACCGGGAUCGCCAUUUCGAUGGUCGCCGCCCGUCUUGGCGGAAUAAUUGGUAAUAUCGUCAUAGCCCAACUCCUGGACAUGUAUUGUCCAGCACCGACUUUCAUAGUGGCUGCUCUUCUGAUUGGAGGAGGCUUGCUGUGUUUAUUCCUACCUAACACAACGCGCGAACCACUCUCCUGACCUCAACAAAAGUUCAUCGAGCAACAGUCUAUCGAUCAUUUAUAUACUUCUGUCGAGAACACAAGUGUCGUUGAAUCUUGGAAUCAUGGAGUCCCGAGCACCACGCGACGAUUGCACAGUAGCGUUGCAAAGAGAAAUUUCAAGUUCAAAAUUAUUCUCAUUUUGCAAGUAGGAAACUAGAAUCUCUGCUGGUCAUAAUAAUCCCUAUUAUAGGUAAAAAAAAGCGUAGAACCAUGUUUACGCAAGACGUCGUAAAGAGUUUAGCAAAAGCGGAGAAACGAGAAAACGCGUAACAUCUAGUUUGAUACACAAAUUAGGUACCUUAGUCGAAUAUUUUAUACAUAUACUGACAUUAAUCGCAGUAUUUAAAUAAUAAAAUCCUUGAACUAAUUGCGAUUUAUAAUAAAUAAAUAUAUUUUCUUAUCCUUCAUAUUCUCAAUUAAAGAACGAGAUCGAAUAAACUUGUUAUCGCUUUAUGUCGCAACGGACGUAACUUGAUAUACCGAUGUAAAAAGAAAUUAAAAAAGAGCAACACAUUCCUCCAGCGCUUUCGAUAUCCUUCACCAAUUUUCUAUCUCUAUAUCGAGAUUGAAUCCAAAUAGUACACAAAAUGUAUAAUACAUCUAAUAGAAAUGGAUUUGUAUAAGAGAACUAA